CGCAACACUCGAUUGUUGUCGUCUGAACACUUCAAACUACUUGACCUGACCCCUCUAACCUGUUUUAGGACACAGAUGCUCGCUGUUACCCCAGUCGCCUCCCCAUCGCUUGAAUCCCGCCCACUCGGCACCUGGGUUUGCAGAGCUGCACCGAGUCUUCGCUAUUCCUCUUCCCACCGUCGACCGAUACAGACAGGCACUGGAGACAUUCCGUACAAGACGCUAUCAAGUGUGUGAUUUUUGAUCGUUUCUAACCUAAAGCGACAAGAGCGUGUCAUGUCGAGAGUUUGUGCAUUUGACAGACAAAAUAAGGAGUUUUAAAUAGCGAAAGCAAAAGGGCGUUUUGCGUGUUCCAUCCCCUGUCUUCUGUCCGAUCCCGUUUUGUCGCUGCGUGCGCUUGAAUGCCAGUUUCCCAUCCAGAAUUGUCUUCAGUGAAUGAAGAUAAAUUGCAACCCCGCUGCUUCGCAAAGCAUACAGUACGUGCUGGAGUUUGAACCUGCAGUUCUGAAUUCUUGGAGGUGUAGCUUUUUGUCUGGACUGAAUCAAAUCCGUCGGAACACACCGAGGUGGACAGUGGGAGUCGCGGAGACUGGAAAUUAAUUUUGCUCCCUCACAUCACCGUAACGCAUGGUGGGAAUUUCUGCCUCUUUUCAGUAUCGCACUGAGAAGCUCUCCACCAUGCCCGACUCACCUGCGGACGUCAAAGCACAGUCCAGGUUGACCCCGCCCGCCAUGCCCCCCCCACCCACCACGCAGGGAGCGCCCAGGACCAGCUCCUACACACCCACCACAUUAACCAAUGGCAGCAGCCACUCCCCGACGGCGCUGAACGGCACCCCCUCGCCUCCCAACGGCUACAGCAACGGCCCCUCCUCCUCCUCGUCCUCCUCGCUGGCCAAUCAGCAGCUGCCGCCAGCGUGCGGCGCCCGCCAGCUCAGCAAGCUGAAGCGCUUCCUCACCACGCUACAGCAGUUCGGAAACGACAUCUCGCCCGAGAUCGGAGAGCGCGUCCGCACUCUGGUCCUCGGACUGGUGAAUUCCACGUUAACCAUUGAGGAGUUCCACUCCAAACUGCAAGAAGCCACCAACUUCCCCCUGCGUCCUUUCGUCAUCCCAUUUCUAAAGGCCAACCUGCCGCUACUGCAGCGGGAGCUCCUCCACUGCGCCCGGCUGGCCAAGCAGAACCCGGCCCAGUAUCUGGCCCAGCACGAGCAGCUCCUCCUGGACACCAGCACCUCCUCGCCUGUGGACUCCUCCGAGCUCAUGCUGGACGUCAACGACAACGGCAAGAGGAGGACGCCCGACAGAACCAAAGAGAACGGAUUUGGGCCUGAGCGGGACUCCCUCCACGCGGAGCACCCCAACAAGAGGCCCUGCACCAUCAGCCCGGGCCAGCGCUUCAGCCCGUCCAACGGCCUCUCCUCCUACCAGCCCAACGGGGGUCUGGCCCACCCCACGCCCCCGCCCCCGCACCCGCCGCCCCACCCGCCGCAGCACUACCGCCUGGACGACAUGGCCAUCGCCCACCACUACCGCGACUCGCCCUACCGCCACCCGCCCAACCACAACCACAACCACCGCGGCGGCGGCGGCGGCGGCGGCGGGGAGCUGAGGGAGAGGCCCCGGCCGCUGGGAAUGCAUGGGGGAAGUCGACAGGAAGAGGUCAUUGACCACAGACUCACAGAGAGGGAGUGGGCGGAGGAAUGGAAACACCUUGACCAUGUAAGAAAACGCCUUGCCCCUCCACAGUUGCUCAACUGCAUCAUGGACAUGGUGGAGAAGACUCGCCGCUCGCUCACCGUGCUGCGCCGCUGCCAGGAGGCCGACCGCGAGGAGCUCAACUAUUGGAUCAGGCGCUACAGCGACGCCGAGGACCUGAAGAAGGGCACCGGCAGCAGCCAAUCGCGGCAGCAGAGCCCGGCGGGACAGGAGACCGCCACGCCAGAGAUUCACAGGGAGCUCAUGCACAGGCCCGUGUCUGGUUAUGUUCCGGAAGAGAUCUGGAAGAAAGCCGAAGAGGCUGUGAACGAGGUGAAGAGGCAGGCCAUGUCGGAGCUCCAGAAGGCUGUGGCGGAGGCCGAGCGCAAGGCCCACGACAUGAUCAGCACCGAGCGCGCCAAGAUGGAGCGCACCGUGGCCGAGGCCAAGAGACAGGCGGCCGAAGACGCGCUCACGGUCAUCAACCAGCAGGAGGACUCCAGCGAGAGCUGUUGGAACUGUGGGCGCAAGGCGAGCGAGACUUGCAGCGGCUGCAACACAGCUCGCUACUGCGGCUCCUUCUGCCAGCACAAGGACUGGGAAAAGCACCACCACGUGUGUGGCCAAACCCUCCAGGCCCAGCAGCAGCAACAAGGAGGAGGGGGCGUCCCGGGGCCCGAGACCCCCGCCCCGGUCAGCUCCUCCUCUGCCACCCCGAGCAGCGGGGCCGGUAGCCCGGCCGCAACCCCGCCUGCCAACGCCACCCCUCGCUCCGCUACCCCAGGCACCCCCUCCACCACCCUCGAAACGGCGGCGCGCUAAUGAUGGCAGACGCUCAACCCCCGCACCCCUCCCCCCCUCCCCCCCACUUAUACUCCAUUGUCCCUAACUCUUCCCACCUGCCCUAACCCCCAACAUGACUGUCUCACUUGCCUCACUUACUCAAAGAUGCUAAUGCUAAAGCGAAUGUGCUAACAAAGAGAGAUGGCGACGAUCUAUCUAUCUUGGACGGAGUAGUGACCACAAAGCAGUAAGAGCUCCAUAUCGGGUCAUAUUGACUUGCCAUGAUUUCAAGAACGCAAAGAUAUUCUUUGUUUUUUAAUUAUUAGAUGUCCUUCAACCUUUACUAUCGCUAUUAUUGUUGUCUACGUUGUCGUUGUUGUUGAUGUCAUUGUUGCUUAUCUUCCGUUUCCUGUAAAUAUGAACGUAAAGAGACUGAGCAGAAACAGUGGUUAACUCCAGACAAGUAUAUCUGACCUCCCCUUUGCUUUUCUUUUUCUAACAAAUUGCUUCUAUUUCCUUUACCUGGGAUAUGAAACGAGUUGACCUCACAAAAGACACUUUACCAAACAACAUACCAAGGGAUUACUACAUGACUUAGCUGUAGCUGUGUAGAGCUAAAGACCACCAAUCCUCUGCUAAAGGAAAUCAGCAGACCCACGUGUCCUGGAGGGCGGAGAGACGGGCCGACUGGACAGAAGAGGAGCAGACACACACUUUGGCCAGCAGGAUGGACGCUGAAUCUCUGGGUUGCAAACUGGGCUUCUCAGACAUCUACAAGAACAGGGCAGAUGUGCACCAGAUUGUGAAGAACCCCAGCUGUUCAUCCUGUGCCCCCCCCCCCCCUGAUAGCCUCCCCUUCCCACUACCCCCUCCCCCUGACUUUUAAUAAUAUCCAGGUCAAUGGGCUGUGAAACACAAAGCUGUCGCACUGAAGGAUGGCAAAGGCAAAGGGAAUAGCAAUCUCGGAUGUGACAUAAAUAUUUACCUUACAUGUGGAGGGGGUACUGUAGUCUAGAGAAUCUUUGGGCGAUGUCAUCGAAUAAAGGAACAGCUUUCAAGAAAGGAAGUCAUCAGCCUACCCGUGUGCAAACUGUCAGAACCUCACGAUGACAGCCACUGGCAACCAAGGGCUGACACACCACAACACCAUGACAUGUCACAGUGUCUUUCUCCCAAGACUCUGGACAGUCUAGACCUUCGUACCCAACUCUAAGCCCGCCAAUAUUGCUCUAUACUAUUAUGUUUUCCUCCUUGUAGAUCUCCCAGUGUUUAACAUUUCUGUCCUGUGGCGUCACCGAUGGUUAUUUAUUGUAUAUGUGUUGGACGCUUGUGGAAAUACAUAGUACUUUAAACAGUCACAACUUUUUGGUCCUCAUAUCCCUCUUCUAGCCAGUACAAAAAGAGAAAAAAAAAAUGAAACGUAACUUUUCGGAGCUGCUUUUCUAUUUAUGUGUGUAAAUGGUAGUUCCCUAGUAGUUCUUUGAGAAGGAAAGAUGCAUUUUAUUUUUUAUCUGUUAGAUUUUUCAUUUUUUAUUGGUCGUAAUUUUUUUGUCCUCAAGAAAAGACACGCUAUAUCUCAGAGCUGCUACCACAGUCUGAACCAGAUUUUUUUCUGAGAACUAGCAUGUUACAUGGAAUGCUAACCUUUUAAUGUUUUUGUACAAGGGACGUACAUAAAUGUAUUUGCACUGUCACAAAGGUUAUUUCAGCAUGCUUCUUUUGUCAAAACUUGUUUUUCAGGUAUAGUGCCAUGCUUCACCAAUUUUUGUAUGUAAUGCUAGCGUACCCGUUCCGUGCAUUUAUUAUUAUUUUGUAAAGCUGGAAACGUGUAAACACAACCCACUUAUUGUUAAUAAUUCGUUUUUGUUGUUUUUUUCCUGACCAAGAUGUCAUAACUUUUACUUUAAAUAGUUACAGGCAGUGCAUGCACAUGACUGAACAUUUGUUCAAGUAUUUGUUGUUAUUUUUCACAAAAAAAUGAAGAAAAAACUCUUUAAAAAAAUCUCUACAAAACUAACUAUCCAAAUGCAAAGGUGUAGAUUCAGAUUGACAGCUUUAACAAUGCAGAGCACCAGGUAACACACAGUAUUAACACGAGUUAAAAAAUGUGGACGACAGCCAAAGACUGACACCAAGGACCAAACCCUGACUCAAGAUAUAACAAAAAUAGGUUUCUUCACCUAACUGUAUGGUUGUUUAUUUUUUUGCUGUAUUUUUCCAAGCUUUCAUGAGUUGGAGUAGUGGAUGGCGGUUUCAGUUUCAAACUUUAACCCUUUCCUGUUCAGAAGCAUGACCAGCCCUUGCUCAGCUUGUGUGGGCAAACUAAGAAUUGUGUUUUACAGCAUUAGAGAUCAUGUCUUAUAGUGGAACAGGAGCAAUAAUACCAAGGGUGUCACAUGACAACCGCUGUAUCCACAACAACGGAUCACUUGUUGUAUUUGUGAGGUCUCCUCCCACCUCUUAUGUUAGUGUGCUUUUUCCCUCAUUACACAAAUAUCAGACUUUGCCUCACAUCAGCUUUAAGCAGUUGGGGAGUCAUGAACCCUCAAAAGACAAGAGAGUUGCCGGACUUUUCAAAAGUAAUUUAAACUCCUGGUUUUCUAUUCUCAGUGCACGUCGGCAGUUAGAUUCCAUACAGAUAACAACGUCAUCAUAUCUGA